GUUGAGGGUCCCGUCGUCAUUUCCAGGCACCUGCAGACAGACGCUCUUCUUGGUGCUAAAUACUACACCACCUCCCUACUGCUCAUCCCGAAGCAACGCCUCGCCAUCUCGCUUCGAUAUCGCAUAGCGUCGUGUUCCAGCUCCCACCCCGAACUCGAAACAUUCAACGUCGCUCCCGCCCCCUCCGCGUACGCGAUCGCCUCUCCCCCUCGCCCUCGAGCGCGCCCGCCCCCCCUUCCCCUACCUACCGAGCAGCACAGCGCCCAGCAUGCCCGCACCCUCGCCCCUCGCCAUCGCGACCAGCUCCGUCGAGCGGCUGCUCAAGGAGGAGAAGUCGUACCACCAGGAGCUGGCGCAGCAGGAGGCGCAGGUCAAGGCGCUCGAGGACAAGAUCAAGGCCCGCGGCGCCGCGAGCGAGGACGGCAACGACGAGUUUAUGCUCAAGCAGCAGCAAACCGCCGUCGAGCAGACCAGGGCCGUCUUCGCGCCGCUCAGGGAGCGCAUUGCGACAGCCGUGACGAAGCUCGAGGAGCAGAUCGCGACGAGCGAGGAGUCCAACACAAACGCCGCCGACUUGGAGACAGCAAAGGCGGUUCUGGCGCGGGCCAGGGCCGCGUAGACAAGGAUAAAUGGAAUACAGAGCAGGCUACAGAGGGACAUGACUUGUUUGUGCGAGGGGGAGAGGAAAUACCACAAUUGGUAGACCGAAAGAACGAAAUCGAAUCAUGAUUACGCCGUG